CGACAGCGGCAGCGCCGCGCGCCAUGGCCGCGGUGUCCGGUUACUUCUUCCUGGAGGUUCUCAUCCUCGGCUCCGUCGCUUCCCUCUGGUACCUGUUGGAGUUCUCGGAGCCGUUCCCGGUGCCCCAGGGGGGUUUCUUCUGCCGGGAUCCUGCCUUCGGCCGCCCCUACCCCGGCCCCCCCCGGGGACAGCCGCGCCCCCCCCGCGCUGGUCUAUGGGCUGGUGACGGCCGUGCCCGCGCUCACCAUGGUGCUGGGGGAGCUCCUGGGGCCCCUCGGGCGCUGCCGGGGGGGGCCCUGCCCCCUCCCCCCUGUGGGGCCGGAGCUGCGGAGCCCCCUUGAGGCGGCUGCUGCGGUACCUGGGUGUGUUCUCCUUCGGCCUCUUGGC